AGGUCUAUUUCUUACAUCCAAUUCCACACAAAAUCACACAAUUGUUAUCCAAUCCUGCCGGCCACACGUAUAUAAUCAGCAACCCCCCUCGAGAUCUUGAAUAUCUGUUCGAUAACCUGCUUGUAUAUAUCCGAGGCUGAAGAUCCAUUUGUCAGCACUGAAAUCAACAAGCAUGGGGGACGCGACGCCCCCAAAGGAGCAUAUUCUAAUCCUGCUCCCUCUCCCACCUAACCAGGAGCUUCUCAAUGGUAUCAAAAAGAAGCACCCGGGUGUCACAAUCACGUACCAUGUACUAGAAUUCAAAGUGGAAUUCGGCGGCGAACCCCACAAAAUCCCUGAUGAGGAUUUCUUAGAAACUACAAUUCUUGUCACAUUGGGCGUUUUCCCAAGCAAUGUGAAGCUUCUCAAGAACGUCAAGCUCAUCCACCUCUUCAGCGCCGGCGCAGACAAACUAGCCGACACGCCCGUCUGGGAAGAAACCACCAUUCCCAUAACCAACUCCUCAGGAGUCCACGGCCCGCAGAUCUCAGAAUGGGUUAUCUUGCAGAUGCUCGCCAACAAUCACAAACAAAAACUGCUCUUGGAGUGGCAGAAGAAGCAUUAUUGGGGGAAGCACGCAGAGGUUGGAUGGGUGAGGGAUUAUGUCGGACAACGGCUCGGCGUCUUGGGAUACGGGGCCAUUGGACGUCAAACGGCCCGAGUUUCUAAAGCCUUGGGCAUGGAUGUUAUCGCUUACACGGCAUCUCCCCGUAAAACGCCAGAAAGCAAAAGGGACAAUGGAUACAUCGUCCCUGGUACAGGCGAUGAAGAGGGACUUAUUCCUAGUGCCUGGUACAGCGGUCUCGACAAAGCUUCCCUGCAUAAUUUCUUGGGGCAGGAUAUCGACGUGCUGCUCAUUGCUGUCCCACUCACCCCUCAAACACAACAUUUCCUCGGGAAAGAAGAAUUCGAGAUCCUAGGCAAGAAGAACGCAUUCAUCGUCAACAUCGCCCGCGGGCCAAUUAUCAAAACAGAAGACUUAAUCGCUGCUGUCAAGAAGCCAGCCAAGGAAGGAGGAUUAAGAGGCGCUGCGUUGGAUGUCACGGAGCCCGAGCCCUUGCCAGAAGACAGCGAGUUAUGGGAUGUGGAGAACAUCGCUGUGACGCCGCAUGUUAGUGGAAUGGGCGAUACGUAUGCGGACAGGGCUUUUGCGAUCUUGGAUAUCAACUUGACGAAUUUGGAGCAAGGGAAGCCGCUGAUCAAUGUAGUGAGCAGGAAGAAGGGAUAUUAGGAACGAUUUUUGGAUAUUGAAUGGAAUGAGAUAUGGAGGAAACCACGAAGGCGUUUUGUUGGAAUAUAGACUGUCUUUAUGCAUCUGAGGACUUUUAGUCUUCCUCACUCACUGACUUCUCAUUGUCUCAACUCAACUGCGAAUUGUGGGACAUCGCUUACCGUUUGCCCCCUUUUUGACCAAAUAUCAC